AUGAAACAUUAUAAAAGUCUUUUACAUUUCUCAUAAUAAAAAUAAAAUAAUUCUCCAAAAUAGUUGGCCUUUAUAGUAAUAGGAACUUUAUUUGCAUUUAGUGGAUAUUAUGUGUAUUAUAAUGUUAGAUAUAUGGAUUAAAUUGCUGCAGAACGAAUUUAAGAGUUCGAACAGAAAUCAGGAAUGAAGAUUUCAGAAUUCAAAACAGAAAAUCCAAUAAAAGAGGAAAUCAGACCUGAGUAUGUAAAUUAUUUUUUCCUAUUCUUUUAGAUUGAGAGGUAAAAGAGAAUUUAUAGACAAAGAAUGGAAGAAACUAGAAAAUAACUAUAAUAAUAAUAGAAAUGA